GCGAACGAACAUUCGACGCAAAACUUUCCUCCUUCAAAUUCGUCGCAACGAGUCAGUCCUCGACUCAAUGAGAGCUUAUAUAGCGGCCAGCGUUUCCAGAGCACUUUCAUUGCCGGCCGUACCGCGAUGCUGUAACCUGAGCCGAGAUGCAGUGGUUAAGCGCGAUCUGCGUGUUGACCGCGGCGGUGCACGGUGGCGGUGGAGUUACCAGAACACCGGGCCUGUCACCAUUUUGGACUGACGACUACAAAGUCUUCGAACAAAUCUACGGAAAGACCUCCGACCGAGAGCUCUUCGGGUCCACCUUACCUCCCAAUCAGUCCUUUGGCGUCGACUUGAGUCCUUUAAAAAACCAGGCUUCCGAGAAAAAGGAACGGUACAUCGACACCGGAGAAGACAGAGACUUGGACCAGCAACCAAGCCUUUAUUCUUUCGACAACUAUAAUAAUCUUUUGACAAAACAGAAUAUAGAGGCAUUUGAUCCAAAGCCGACGAAGCCGUCCUUUAAAUUCAUUCCUUACAAUGAUUUCACACCAAUCAGUCAAGCGAAUGAUCCAGCAACUUAUAAUUAUUAUAAAACGCUCGAAUUGUUAGAGAAGAAAAAGAAAAUUGAUGCUCUUAAGACUUUAGCAGUCAAUAAUUUCGCGCAAUUCUCUAGCUACGCGACCAGCCCCGAAGACACAGAAGGGUAUAAGAGUAUCCAGGAUAUUUUAGAAGCUCAUGAGGGGAAAAAAGGAAAUAAGAAAGUGAAUAAUGAGCAUGAGAAUUUGGCUAAAUAUGUGAGCUAUGGAGUGUCGAAGAGUCGAAGGAAGAAGCCAGCUCCAAAUCCCAGGUUUAUACACAGUAAUGAUAUUCAGAAACCACGGUGUGUGUCAGGACGCUGUCGUCAGAGAAACGCCUCUGUUAGAGUAAGAACGGGGCCUGUUUUGAGGAAGAUUAAGCAUACCAUUAUUUCCGAUUAAACUAUUAGUAGUCUGAUAGAUAAAUGGUCUUCAUUAAUCAGAUCACCAUUGAAAAAUAAUACUCGUAAUUUAUUGGAUGUUUUGACCAGAAAAAUGUAUGAUUACUUAUAUUUGUUACAUUCGGAUGGCGAUAGCAGCAGCAUUUUAAAUAAAUAUUUAAUAUUAAAUAUUUAAGCAUUAUAAAAGAGACUCACAGUAACAUAUCACCCGCGUAAACGCUGUAUAGGUAAAAAACUUAAGUAAGUCACCUGUUGUAUGUAGUUGUGACGUGUUCGAAUAGACAUUUGUUUUGUUUGUGUGUGUCUUUUACACAUGUAUUGUCUAUUCUAAUGCGCCACAACUACAUACAACAGGUGACUUACUUAAGUUUUUUAGCUAUAUCAGUAUCGUUGCAACAUUAACGCUGCUGCGGUCAUAAUCCUGAUUCACAAGCAAGGUUAUUGUGCAUGCUGCCAGUAUUGUUAUUAAUUAUUUAAGGGGUUGUGUUAAUUUAUUAAUUAAAACAAGUACAAGAUUUAGAGUAGCUUUAAUCGUACUUAAUUGUAAACCUUAAAAUAAAUUAUUAUCUUUUUGAACCGUAGUUUUCUUUCGAAAGCUGGUUAAAAAGCAUUUUCACUCACAGUCGGCAUUGUGUGGUGAAUGAGCGCACUGGUGCGUCCUCGUGUGCUCACACAGCAGACAAUACCAGUUUUAAACCAAGCUUCGCAUCCAUUUUAAAAUAUUGGAGUUUAUUUGGCACAUGCAUUUUCUGCAAUCUGGAACAGCGGAACUGCUUACAUAAGGAAUUAAGGACUGUUCUCACAUUUUUGGUGCUACACACAUGCUUAUACAUAUGACAGAGAAAUGCUAUAGCAAAAACCAUGCUUAUUUCGUGCACUAAAAGUAAACAUUACCUAAAUAAAUAUUUGUAAUUUUUUGGACUGUCUUGUCUUGCCAUACUGACUUCUUGUCUUGACUCUGGUUGCCU